AUGCGUAAGGUCUUUAUCAGAAGUUUAACUCCUAUUUAUGAUACAGUUCGAAGGUUCCUAGACCAAGGAAAGCUACCUCAUCUGCUAUUUUAUGGUCCGCCUGGAACCGGUAAAACGAGUACUAUACUUGCUGUUGCAAAACAGCUUUUUAGUCCAAAUGAGUUCGCUUCAAUGGUCCUUGAGUUAAAUGCUUCGGACGAGCGUGGCAUUGGUGUGGUCCGUGAGCAGGUACUGACUUUUGCCAGCACGAAGACUUUGUUCUCGGGAAAGUUCAAGCUUGUAAUUUUGGACGAAGCGGAUGCCAUGACCAAGGAUGCCCAGAACGCCCUCAGACGAAUCAUUGAAAAGUUCACGGAAAACACCCGUUUUUGUCUCAUUUGCAACUACCUCUCGAAGAUCACACCGGCCAUUCAGUCUCGGUGCACCCGAUUCCGUUUUUCGCCAGUUGAUAAGGACCAAAUGGUAGACCGUCUUACCGAUAUCGCGAAAAAAGAGUGUUUUCAACUUACUGAUGAUGGCAAGAUCGCCAUUUACCGACUUUCUUCUGGUGAUAUGCGUAAAGCCAUCAAUUUAUUACAGAGUGCCUCAAUGUCCAGCCACAUCGUUGACGAGGCUGUCGUCUACGCCUGCACAGGUUAUCCAACUCCGGCAGAAAUGAAAACCGUGCUUGACUGGUGUCUUAAUGAGCCACUUGCUGCAGCAUUCAAAAAUAUACUUAAAAUGAAGGCUGAAAAGGGAAUCGCCCUUCAAGACAUCCUCUCUGAACUGCAUCUGUUAAUUAUGCGAGUAAAAAUCCCAGACGCCGUGAAGGCCGACCUGCUAGUGGUACUGGCGGAGGUGGAGCACCGCAUGUCAUUGGGAGCCUCUGAAAAGCUUCAACUCGGCGCCCUCUGUGGAGCAUUUGCUAGGGCGAAACAUUCCUUAGAAGAACUCGAUGCUUGA